AUGAAACUACUACUUGUACUGUUUUCACUAAUUGCAAUUGCACUUGCUUUUGGUACACAUGUUUAUUUGCAAUCAAAAGAAUUUGAUGGUGUUGAAAUUUCAACCAUCGGUGCAAGUUUGGUCAUUAAAACAAUGAUUAAAACAGUUGGAGCGAGAGUGAAAUUGGUUGAAUCUUUAAUGCCAAAAUUAAAUCAAACUAGUGAUUCGUUAAGAAUUGAGACAAUUCCAAUAACAUUUGAUACAUCAAGCUCUGAAGUAUAUUUGAAAGAAGUUGGAGAGCCAGUUGCAAAAUAUGCAUUGAGAGUUUAUCAACCAAAGCAGAAUAGAGAUGGAGGCUAUCCUAUUGUAAUGUAUAUUCAUGGUGGUGGUUGGAUGUUUGGAAAUAUUGAUAUAAGUAAUAGAUUAUGUGAAGGUUUGGCUAAUAAGGGAUUCAUUGUUGUGAGUAUUGAUUACAGAAGAACUCCUGAACACAUUUUCCCAUCAUGUUUGAACGAUAAUUUGAAUGCUUUGAGUUGGAUUGGAAGGAAUUAUGAAAAAUAUAAUGGUAACAUUAACCAAUUGAUAAUUUCAGGAGAUUCUGCUGGAGGUCAUUUAGCAAUUACAACUCAAAUUAGAUUAUUCUCAAUCCAAAAGAAAUUAUUGGAAAGAGAAUCUAUUCCUUCAGUUACUCAUCAAGCACUCCUCUAUCCUGUUGCUGAUUUUUACAGAUAUGGCGAUGAAAAAUAUGAAUCCUAUAUGAAAUAUAGAGAUAAUGGUCUAAUCAUUGAUGGAGCUGUUAUGGACAUGUUUUGGAGAAAUUUCAUUGGUAAUAAUACUGAAGAGCAAGUGAAAUCCAAUCCGCUCAUAUCUCCUGUUAGUGGUCUCAUAUUAUCUGACAAGGUACUUUAUUCUCAAUUUCCAAAAGGAUUCAUAUGGCUUGCUGAAUAUGAUGUUUUGAAAGAUGAAGGAAAAAGUUUUGCAAACGCUGUCAACAAUGCAUCUCCAAACAAGUUGAAAGUCAAGGAAUGGAAGAGUUGUGUUCAUGGUUUUAUUGAUCUGAAACGAAAUUAUGAUGAAAUGGCAGAUGCUAUCUAUGAAGUACUGGGAAAAAUUAAUAAACAGAGUUAA